AUGAACGGUUUCACCCAGAAGCUUAUUGAAGUCAACGGCCUUGCACCCUAUUUAGUGAACGAAAUCACGAAUGUCAUCAACGGGGACUACCACUUUACAGAUAAGUGCGCAACCCCAUUGGGGCUCCUCUUCACCAAGCACGAUCCUCUCAGCCCCGUCUACAUGAUGCUCCAGACGAAUUGCAACGGAGCUGCCGAAACCGACCGAUGGGUCUUGACGAAGAACCCUAGAAAGCUUGAGCCGGAUCAAGUGCGAGAUAUCAUCUGCGUUUUCCCCAAAGGGUUCAAGCACCAAGAAGGACAGCCUCCGGGCUCUAUACUGUCGGCCGUGUUGCCUGGCGUGUACACGUCUCUGCCGUCAGCCCUGGGUAUCACCGUCCACGAGCGUGAUCCAGCCCUACAUGUUGGUCUCAAAGAUUUGCAGGAGCAGGCUAUCAUGAACAUCGACUGUCAAUCUUCGAUCCCGUCCAUCAUGAUCAAAAUGGACAAGACCGACAUGCACUUUCCAGUCAAGUCGCUCCUCACCCAGUUGACUCCCCCUUCUGGUACAAACAGCAUGGCAGCUUCGUCCGAUAUCUGGUUCACGAUUGCCCAGCACGAUAUCAAGGAUGCAUUGGCACUGGCGUCUUCUGCCAUCAACAAGUUGCCGGCCUCAGUAUGUGCUGGACUUCUUACAGUUAGCGACAUCGUGCUGGAUUCUGGUGAUGCGUGCUACAAAUGCUCGCCGACCGCUCCAAAGGCUCUUCAUCACUGGGAUGCGGAUGGCAGCGUUGUACGAAUCGAGAACGAGGCAGUGGCGACUCAAGCGGAGCAGGCUAUGUUGCGACGACCAGCUCCUCUCGAGAUCCAGGCCCGACUGGAGCUGAGUGAAGCUGACGAAUACAAUGUGCUGAGCAUGAGAAUUCUGCUAAACCCAGCGUCGCUGGCGCACCGGGCGCAUGGUUACUUCCCGGUCGACAAGGACAUCAUGUCGCCCAUGGUUCGCUCAACUCGCGGAAGUGGCAAUUUCCGUGUGGAAACGAGCUAUCACGAGCCCAGCCUGAAGGGAUUGCCCCCCUUCAAGGACAGCAUGGUCGCCGUUCAGGCAGAUUCCUAUCCUCCUCAGGGCGUCUUCCGGACGCCCCGGUUUCUGCAGAAUGGAAUGAUGCUUCGACAAGAUCAAGUCGAGGCUUGUCAGUGGAUGCUGCACCGCGAACAAGACGAACCGUUCACUGAAAGGGAAUUCGAGGAGCGUGUUCUUCCAUCUGUGAACGUGCGCUUAAGUGCUGUUGCCGAGCUUGAGAAUUAUGCCCGAGGAGGUGUCCUUGCACACGACAUCGGCUACGGCAAGACUAUAGUUACACUUGGUCUUGUUGAUCAUACAACGACUCGAUCGCAUGCAGAGUUUUCUAUUCUAGAGCGUUCCAAGUGGUUGGGAACCACGGCGUUCAUUCACAUCAAGGCCACUUUGGUCAUCGUGCCACCCCAUAUUGUGUCGCAAUGGGCCAAAGAAGCUAAGAGAUUUGUUCGUCAGCUCAGAGUCCUGGUGCUCACCAAAACGACUGAUAUCUCACGGGAGAGCAUGGAAGCAGCAGACAUCAUCAUUGUCAGCAGCACUCUGAUGUCUUCCGAGAAAAACAUUGACAAGCUCGCUGCAAUCGCCCAAAUGCCAUCGAUCCGUCAGAAGAGAUCGAACCGAGACUCCCAGGACUGGCAUUACGAAGUGGUUGAAACCAUCAAGCAUGCCGCCUAUGACCACAGCAACCCUGACAACCCGAACAAUGCUCAUGUCGUGGCGAGAAUCCAAGGCCGCCGCACCAUCAGCAAUGAUUGGGUCCGGAAAGCCGCAGCCGACAUAGUGGGAGCUAGCGAUCGGAAGACGCAGCAAACCGCCAAGGCGACACCCAAAAAGAAGAAGGGCAAGGCAGCAAAGCCCAAGACGGCCGUCACCAUUGAUGUGAAGGAGGCCUUCCAGAAUGGCGAGGUACUUGAAAUGUACACUUACCGCCGCGUGGUCUUUGAUGAGUUCUCGUAUGAGAACACAUCCGUUGCAACCUUCUUCCAGAACGCUGUCGCGUCCUCGAAAUGGAUCCUCUCAGGUACACCGCCUACCAUCAACCUCGGUCAGAUCUGCGAGACUGGAGCGUUGCUCAAUGUUCAUGUUGCGCGACCGACGCCAUCAAUGCCGGGAUUCUUCCCCAAUGCCACGACUGGGCCCAAGGUAUCCGAACUGACUGACGCCGAAACAUUCCGCAGCUACACAGAGCCCUUGUCCGCCCAGCUCGCGGCCGAUCGCCAUGAUCAGGGACAGCAAUUCCUUCUUCACUACUUGCGGAAGAACAAGAUGGAGAUUCCAGGAGUGGAAAUAACCGAGGCCGCCUGCUUCACUCCCAUGAACACUCAAGAAGCCUUGGUAUACAAUCUUGUACAACAGGUUCUUCAUGAUGCAAAGUGGGACGUCGAUGGCAUGCCCUGUGGUCUUGAUACUUUCCUUCGCACCAUCUUGAACGAAGAAAUGACCCAGAGGGCCGGUUCAAAGGCCAAGGCUGCCGGAAAAUCUAUCUGGUCGGAUGCAGUCGACGCGUUAGUUCUCUUGUCUUCGUUGUCCGUUUCUUCCGGCCGAAAGGGAUUCGAGGGCAUGGGGUGGACAGAACCCAACGCGAAGCUGACUCUGGAGCGUCUCGGCAACCAAGCGUCUGCUGCAGCUGGUGAUCACCUUGCCCGUUGCACCCGGAUUCUGGUAUCUCUCUUCGACAAAAUGAUGUACCUGGCGAAUAUGAUCUGCAACGAUGCUGAUACAGGCAGUGGAAAAGCUAAAAAAGAUGCCUACUUUGGUCAUAUGGAGGAGAUUUUCGAUUUCAUGAGGAACAUCAACGGCGACUCUGAUGAUAGUGCGUUCAUCAACUAUCUCCAUGAUGCGAUCGUCUACCGAAACUCGAUCCGCCCAGAUUACAUUCCUACUCGAGAGAACUAUUGGGACUGCAACUUAUGGUCCGAGUGGAUGGGUGGCCCUGGAACAUACAAUUCUGCCCAUUGGUGGCUUCUCGACUCGGAUCACGACUUGUCCGAUGGUGAGUUGGACAGCUUGCAGAACCGGUGGGUCGGCUCUAGUGGUGACCAGAGCGAUGACCGAGAGGCUCUCAUCGACCUCCUUCGCCAAGAGCAGGACAGCCAGGAUAAACGCGAGGAAAUGGCUUUGGCUAUUGGACUGAAGGACACCGGCGACAUUACGGCUCAGCUUCAAAAGCAUUUCGAUGGAAAAGCCACCAAAGACGACUAUGAAUUCGGCAUUCAGAUUCCAGCUCACCGACCACAGAAGGGCAAGACGAUUAAACCCCGUGGACAGGCCAUUGACGAGACUUUGAACAGUUUCAUCUUGGUUGUGCAAAGCGUCCAGGCUGGCAUCAAGCUCACGACGGAGGCAUGGCGGCGCUGCAUGUUUCUGAUGAAGUUGAACCACGUUCUUCAUGGAAGCCAUAGCCCGCUGUCCACCACCUGCAACGUCUGUGAUGCCGUUACUGCCGAUUCUGACAUGUUUCAUUCCAUUGCAUGCGGUCACUCGCUUUGCAAGGACUGCUUUGGUGCUUUCACUGAGGCUGGUGGUCAAAUGUGCCCCAUGCAAAGCUGCAAGGCAUUCAGUCGUGGAUCAUUUGUCCCUAGCGAGAUAUUUGCCACGCCCGCCAACCUGCAGCACGAUCUUUCGGCCGUUCCCAGUGCCAAGGUAUCCGACAUGGAGAACGUCAUGUUCAACAAUGUCCUUGAUGACGAGAAGGUCCUGAUCUUUGCUGCGUACGCGGGCAUCAAGCAAGAGGUCUACGACCACCUCAUUCGCAGCGACAACGGCUUUAGCGUUUAUAUGACUGACGGAGGCGAUGAGGACUCGAAUCAGAUUGAGGCAUUCAAGGCGCACCGUGGAAAGGCCGUUCUGAUCCAGAGUCUCAUGUCUUCGGAGUCCGCUGGCACAAAUUUGACCGAGGCGAACCAUCUCAUGUUUGCUGGAGUUCUGUAUACAGACUCGGACAGCUACGACAUGUACAUGAGACAGGCCAAGGGACGUCUCAUUCGAUUUGGACAGAAGCGUCCCGUCUUCGUCUAUCACUUCAUCACCCCGGCUACGCUUGAAUUUGAUAUCUUCAACAAGCGUCAUGGUAACCGCAUCCGCCACUUCGGUGAGGAAGGACGCAUUGCUAUCCCGGUCACUGAGGACGGAGAGAAGGACCCGAGAUUCCCUCUGUAUUUCCGUCCAUACUUGGAGACCGCAUCGAUUCAGAAGCUUCUGCGCUCCGUGGAAUUCGAGGAGUACGAGAAGUGA